GUGAAAACAACACUGCCUUAGAGGAUCAUCUCGGUUGUGUUUACAUCUAAAAAUGAAGUUUACUGAUGAUAUUUGAUGCCCGAGGAAAUGUUCAAUAAAGUAGGAUCCAGCUCGAAGAACCAGUUCCUAGAACAGACGAAGGCUGCACGGGCAGAGAGGGCCCAGGGAAAGGAACGAGACAAAUGUGCCACGUUGCUACAGGCACAUAUCAGAGGAUUCCUGACCAGACGACGGUUUAAAAAAGGGUUAAAUACGAGUGUCAAUGACCUCCUCCAGAUUCCAGAAAAUCCUGAUGAUGACUAUAAACCUAAACUUCUUCCCGCUCUGGAGGCAUACAAGAAAAUAAAACAGUUUUUCUUCACAUUUUCAAGAGAAAAUGACAAAAAGAAGUUUGAGUUUUUAUGUCGGUACUUGUUGUCCUCCAUGGAUACAGAACAGAUAAAGUUGUGCUAUGUAUCAGUGGCACUGAUGAAACCUUACGUUGUUGAGUGGAUUCAACAAGCCAAGAAUGUCAUGUGGCACAGCUGUUCCUGUCUGAGAACCCUUAGGCCUGAAAACCACACCGACAUGCAGUCUAUUAUGUUACACUUACGGCUGUUGAUCACAUUCACCAGUACCAGCACAUGGAAAAUACUCCGGGGAAAGUCAGGUGAGCCACUGGCCUCCAUGAUGAAUCAGCUCUGUAACAAUUUGAUGGGAAAUCUCAACACUAAAGGAAUGUACCCAAUCCUUCAGGGAUUACUGACCAGGGGCCUAGCUGCCUCAAAACCUGCCUUCAAACAUGCUCCCUUAUCAGCAGUCAUCACUCUGGCUUUGAGGCCCCUCAUAGCUUCCAAUUUCUCCGAAAACCUGAUGAAUGUGUUUAUACUUCACAUUCUCUCAGUGCCUGCUAUUGUGUGUCACAUGUCCACCAUGUCUCCUGCUUGCCUUACUCAGCUGGUCACCCACAGAAUAUUUAAGCGGUCACUGGAUCUACUGACAAAUGAACAGAGCACAAGGAUCAUCUUCAACUCCCUAGAGGGCAACUAUGCUCUCUGUCUCCUUGCAAAUUUGGUGCAGCUAGGAUAUAUAGAACUGGAGGGUCUGGUUGAGAAUACAUUGAGCUUUAUGACGGUUGUGAUCCGCCUGUUGGAGAGCUGUAAGGUGUAUGUUCAGAACAAGAAGUCUAACCUGACCCAUUGGCAUCCAGUCCUUGGCUGGUUUUCUCAAAACACUGACCAGUGCCUCCACGCGGCCAUGCCUUACGUUGUAAAGCAGCUUCAGCUUUUGUGGUGUGAGAAGAUGAUACGACUACUGUUCCUUGAACUCAUCACCUAUGUAGAGGCUGACACAGAGAAGCAGAACAGCAAGUCCUCCACUCCAUCCAAAAAUAUAGUACUGAGGGUUUUAGAUAAGGCCUCCUCUAAACCUGUGAAGAUAAAGCUGGAGAGUUCCAUAGCCACGUCCACGUGUCUGCCAUGUGCCCUGUAUCAGACAACCAUUAACACUUUGUCACAGCUCCGACUUGACAUACUAGGAGGACUGAGUUAUAAUGAUGUACUAUUGCCUAUCCUUUGGAAAUUUUUAUGUGAUAUGGGGCCGAAUUGUGGACUUAAAACAUUUGUGGAACUUCUCAGUCAGGCGCCAAACUCCACGAUACACCCGGUGUUUAGUUUACUUACAGUAUUUUGCGAGUCUGCCAGUCACUACAUCACGACUUUAGAUGAUAUAGAGAUGUAUGAACAACAAAAGAUAUUCCAUCCCUCAGACUACAUGAAAAUGAGUGAAUUCCUGAACCUGUUUGUGUUUCGUCUUAUCUGGCAUAAUCUCAUAGAUGUACAGACAGCUAGUGUAAAUGACAUGUUUGGAGCAGCGCGAGGUCUGCUAAUGAUACUUUAUGAGAGAGACUGUCGGAAAUCCUACACAGAGAAGGACCAUUGGCUGAUCAGAGACAUCAAGCCAAGUCUUUUUAUCAGUGAAUUAGAAAAAGGAAGGAAAACAGCUGUAUAUUUAAUGCAGAAAGUCCCACACAUCAUACCAUUCUCAGAGCGAGUGAAGAUAUUCCGACGUAAUGUUACAAAGGAGAAGGAGGUGAUGGGGCUGACAGAGUCAGCUUGUGCCUCCCCUCAGUCCACUCUCAUCACCAUUAACAGAGGACGUGUUGUCGAGGAUGGAUACAGACAGCUGGCUCAGUUACCUGCCAGGUCCAUGAAAGGAGUCAUCAGGGUCAAGUUCAUCAACGAACAGGGACUGGAUGAGGCUGGUAUUGACCAGGACGGGGUGUUUAAGGAGUUUCUGGAGGAGACCAUCACUAAAGUCUUUGAUCCUUCACUUAACCUCUUCAAGGUGACAAGUGAACAGAAGCUCUAUCCAUCAUCUACUUCACACAUACAAGAGAACCACCUCACCUUGUUUGAGUUUGUCGGCAAAAUGUUGGCUAAAGCUGUGUAUGAAGGUAUUGUGGUGGAGGUCCCCUUCGCUCCAUUUUUCCUCACACAGAUACUUGGCCACCAGCAGAGCGCCACCUACAGUUCACUGGAUGAACUACCUUCACUUGACCCAGAGCUUGCCAAAAGUCUCUGUUAUACAAAGCAUUAUGAUGGGGACAUCGGUGACCUUGAAUUGACCUUCUCGUGUGAUGAGGACUGUAUGGGUCGGAUAGAAACCCAUGAGCUUGUGCCAGGAGGGAGAGCUAUUUCUGUCACUAAUGAGAACAAGAUACGCUACGUCCACUUGAUGGCACACUUCCGUAUGUAUCGACAGAUCAAGGAACAGUCAAUGGCCUUUAUACGAGGCUUCAAGACUGUCAUCAGUUCUGAUUGGCUGAAGAUGUUUUCUGCCCCGGAACUUCAGAAACUUAUAUCCGGUGACAAUGCCGACCUUGAUAUCGGAGACCUGAGGCGACAUACACAGUAUUAUGGGGGUUACCAUAACAACCACAAAGUGAUCAACUGGCUGUGGGAGGUACUAGACAAGGAUUUCUCUUCCUCAGAGAAAGGGCUGUUUCUCAAGUUUGUGACGAGUUGUUCCAAGCCACCUUUACUAGGAUUUGCCCACUUAGAACCACCUUUUUCUGUCAGGUGUGUCGAAGUCAGUGAUGACCAGGACACAGGAGACACAGUGGGGAGCGUCCUCAAGGGUUUCUUCAACAUCAAAAGACGAGAUCCUGUGGGGCGCCUCCCAACAUCUUCAACCUGCUUCAACCUCCUCAAGCUUCCAAAUUACCAGAAGCGCAGCACACUGAAGGAGAAGCUCCGAUACGCCAUCAAUUCUAACACUGGCUUUGAGCUGUCUUGAUACUCACUACAUUGUGUAGAUAUUCAACCAAUCAUAAACUAUGAGACUGUGUAGUGUGACCACUCUGUACAUAUACAGCUGUGUACUAACUACCCAUCAUGUGAAGUGUGACCACUCAGUACAGCUGUGUACUAAACUUCCCAUCAUUAUAUCAGAGUGUGACGGUAUCUCCAGGUCACUGUGUACAGCUGUGUACUAAACUACCCAUCAUUAUAUCAGAGUGAGACGGUAUCUCCAGGUCACUGUGUACUAAACUACCCAUCAUUAUAUCAGAGUGUGACGGUAUCUCCAGGUCACUGUGUACAGCUGUGUACUAAACUACCCAUCAUUAUAUCAGAGUGAGACGGUAUCUCCAGGUCACUGUGUACUAAACUACCCAUCAUUAUAUCAGAGUGUGACGGUAUCUCCAGGUCACCGUGUACUAAACUACCCAUCAUUAUAUCAGAGUGUGACGGUAUCUCCAGGUCACCGUGUACUAAACUUCCCAUCAUUAUAUCAGAGUGUGACGGUAUCUCCGGGUCACUGUGUACUAAACUACCCAUCAUUAUAUCAGAUUGUGACGGUAUCUCCAGGUCACUGUGUACUAAACUACCCAUCAUUAUAUCAGAGUGUGACGGUAUCUCCAGGUCACUGUGUACUAAACUACCCAUCAUUAUAUCAGAGUGUGACGGUAUCUCCAGGUCACUGUGUACUAAACUACCCAUCAUUAUAUCAGAGUGUGAAGGUAUCUCCAGGUCACUGUGUACUAAACUACCCAUCAUUAUAUCAGAGUUUGACGGUAUCCAGGUCACUGUGUACUAAACUACCCAUCAUUAUAUCAGAGUGUGACGGUAUCUCCAGGUCACCGUGUACUAAACUACCCAUCAUUAUAUCAGAGUGUGACGGUAUCUCCAGGUCUCUGUACUAAACUACCCAUCAUUAUAUCAGAGUUUGACGAUAUCUCUAGGUCACUGUGUACUAAACUACCCAUCAUUAUAUCAGAGUGUGAUGGUAUCUCCAGGUCACUGUGUACAGCUGUGUGCUCCACUAACCACUGAUAGGUCAGAUAAUAACACUUUAUCCUGGUCACCAUCAGUGUGGAGGUAUUUUGUCAGAGAAAUUAGUCUUUGUAAAAAAAGUUACUGUGAUAACUUCAAGAAAUUUCACCAACAUGAGUGUGUGCCAUACAGGUACACACAUCUCCACACCUUAGCCCUACAGGUACAUUGUACACACAUCCCCACACCUCAGCCAAACACAUACAGGUACACACAUUCCCACACCUCAGCCCUACAGGUACAUUGUACACACAUCCCCAUACCUCAGCCAAACACAUACAGGUACACACAUACCCACACCUCAGCCCUACAGGUA